GUUAGUUAGACAGCUCUCAAAUUUAUGUCAGCACAUUUUUUAGUUCAGCUUGUAAACUCUACCAGUCUACGACUACAGCUGGUUUUCUUUAACCCGUAUGUAUGUAUUAGCUUUUGUUGGUGUUGUUGUUGCUGUGCUAGUGUGCUGGCUGGCAGAAGAUAUUCAAACAGACACCAACUUCACGUGUGACAUGAACGUCCCUCUACACGAUCUCGUCGGUUUCCUCAGAAACCCAAACAAUUUAAUUCAGGUUCAUCCUCGCAUAGAACACGUCUUCAACGUCCAAACGGAAAACAAUGGGCUGACAUUCCAAAUUGUGGAGGAUUUUGGGUACAUCAUAGGAAAGAAGACUUUUAAAAUGUCUGUGUUUUACCUCACAGAAGACAUUCAAUUUGUUUCGUUUUCAGACUACGCCUAUGUUCUAAUACGGUUAAAGUUCAAAGUUCAAGCAAGCAAUGCAGGUGGAUUUUCUAUGGCAGCUGAAGCCAGACCUGAAGAUGAACAUUCUAUGAUAGCUGAAGCCAGACCUGAAGAUGAACAUGUUGUCCAAGUACACGGCACAGUACAUGUCCGGGCCAGGAGGUUCCUGAAUGCAAUGACUGGCUCUCAAGUUUCUCAAGUUUGGCAACAAAUGUUAACCUCUGCCAACAAACUUUUAACGAGACAAUAACUUACCAGUUAUCUUGAAGUCAACUAUCUUCGUCGGGAAGAACACAGCCAUCGCCCAACUCACCGAAUCCACGCCAUCGCCCAACUCACCGAAUCCACGCCAUCGCCCAACUUCUAACAGGAAAAUUGUCGUCCAACAUCAUGUAGCGCUGGUACGGGAAAGUUUGGAACACUCGAACAACACAUCGUGUUGUAUCGGUACGGGAAAGUUUGGAACACUCGAACAACACAUCGUGUUGUAUCGGUACGGGAAAGUUUGGAACACUCGAACAACACAUCGUGUUGUAUCGGUACGGGAAAGUUUGGAACACUCGAACAACACAUCGUGUUGUAUCGGUACGGGAAAGUUUGGAACACUCGAACAACACAUCGUGUUGUAUCGGUACGGGAAAGUUUGGAACACUCGAACAACAUAUCGUGUUGUAUCGGUACGGGAAAGUUUGGAACACUCGAACAAUACAUCGUGUUGUAUCGGUACGGGAAAGUUUGGAACACUCGAACAAUACAUCGUGUUGUAUCGGUACGGGAAAGUUUGGAACACUCGAACAAUACAUCGUCUAGCGCCGGUACGGGAAAGUUUGGAACACUCGAACAACACAUGGUGUAGCACCGGUACGGGAAAGUUUGGAAAUGACUCGAUGGACUAUUUCCAUCAUAGACAAGACACGUCAUUUUCAAAACCCAAGACAAGUACCAAGGUGUAAUCAGCUAAGUUCUCUAAAUGAUAUAAUUAGCCAAGUUCUCUAAAAUGAUGUAAUUAGCCAAUUUCUCUAAAAUGAUGUAAUUAGCCAGCAUUUUUUCUACUUAGUUUGUGGAAUGUGGAGGAAGGGAUGAUUUCUCGAACAUUUGUAUUGUAUGAGAGGUUCAUGGUCUAAGAAAAUGCUAACGUGAUACAGUGCAGGGUGUAUUGAAAAUGUCAGAUGAAUGUGUCAUCUAGUUAUGUGCACAAUUAUGGCAGUAGAAUCUGAUCAGCUGGUACAACACUGAUACCUCAAACAGAAAGUAUUCGAGUCACGGUCAUUUGAAACUUUUUUAUUUGA